AUGCCUCUACACCUUCUCAGUCCAUCCCUGCGACGCGUGCACGCACCUUCUACCUCGACUGUCCAUCCCUUACACGCGCUGCUUGACCCACUUCUGCUCACGACUGGAUCUACGACGAAGAAAUACCGAGAGGAACUGCCCAGGAUCCUGAUGAACGGUGGCGGCGCCGGGGAAAUGGAGGAAAUGAUGAUGUGGUACGCCGUGUCGCAUGAAAAGGCCGAGGAGGAGGACUGGACGCGUUCCGGGGCAUCAGCCAAUGAUGAUGGACCUUGGGUAGAUGAUAAGUGGCGAAAGAAGUGGUUGGAUCGGAUGGAGAGGCGAGAAGUACAGAUACAGAUUAUUCUCUAUCUGUUGAAGCUAUCAUUACCUGGACCUGCUCCACCACCUCCACCACCUUUGGAAUCGCCAAAGAAACGCAAGCGGUCUGCUCGUCCGCAGCCGGCUGUCCCCGUUCUUACCUUGGAAGACCAUCUGGAAGUCUUCAUGGACAAACUGUCGAUGUGGCAGUUAGUUGCCACCCUUGACUUGUCAGGCAAGUUGUGCGAUACAAAGGAGGAAUGUGACUGGAUGCAAAUAUUUUGCGAAGACAUUAUCGAGCCUCAGUACAAGGCGGUAUUGCCAGACCAAUGUGCCACCCUCCGAUCCAAAGUCUUCCCGCAGCCCUUAUCAGACCGCGCUUCUUCCCCCGCCACUGAACGAUCCGCCUCCCCCGAAACGGCUAACCCUCCACAAAAACUAUCCCGCGCACCAUCUACUUCCAGACAGCAUUCCCCAGCACUUUCUACGGCCUCAGGCCGCAGUAAUACAACCAAGCCACGAACGGCUACGCUUGCUCGCUCUCGUUCGCUGUCUAUAUCUCUCGAGCAAGAAAGAAGAGAGAAAGAACGCGCGGGGAGCGUGGGGGUCAAUAAGAAACGCGUGUUAAACCGCGAGGUUAGCAUGUCACGGGUGUUCAAGUCCAAGCCGAAGAUACAGCGGACGGAGAGCAAGAAGGAGUUGGCGGUUGGGCAGGAGAAGGAGAAGGCAGGUGGGAAGACGAGCUCCAGGGACAUGGGUGUGACUUUGGUGGAGGAAACGCCUGUUAAGCCGCGCGCGAGGUCUUGUUCACAGUCUCAAGUGCAAUUGCAAAUGAAUUCACAACCGACGGGGAGUCAACGACAAGCGACUGGACGGUCUGCUUCGUCGUCAUUUAGGACUGGAAGCUUGUUCGGUUCAGCGAGGUCGAAGUUGGGCGAUGAAGACCCCUUUGAAGACUCGGAGGAGAUCUGGCAACUGCAUAGUUCGCCGGAUGUUCUGCUGCUGAACCCCGAGCCGAGGAAAGGGGGCGGGGGUAGUGUUUUUGGUGGGAUGAUGUCUGACGUUGAUGAGGACGAUGAAGAUGGGGAUUUUAGGAUGAUGACGCCCAGCAAGCCUUCCAGGAGAUCAGCUGUACUUUCUUGA